AGGACGCGAGGCCGCCUCGUGUAGCGCUUGCUCCGGCGCUGGAGGUCUUGUCUCACGCGGGGAUGCUGGCGGCGACUGCGGCGGCGGCGGUGGCGGCGCUGGCGUGCCUGGGGGCGGCGCACCACGGCCUGGAGACGGCGGCGGGCUUCACGGGCGAGUGGCUGGUGCGGCUGGAAGGAGGCCUGGAGGCGGCGGAGCAGCUGGCCAGGGAGACGGGCUUCACUCUGCGGGGUCAGGUCAUCGGAUUCCCUGACACGUACAGAAUGGCGAAGGAAGACCACCCUGAGAUACACAAAAGAGACCAUCGAGCUCUCACGCAGAGACUAAGCAGUGAUUCCAGAGUGGUGUGGGCGGAGCAGCAGUUCGCCAAGCGCCGGUCGAAGAGGGGACUGCUGCCGCCGACAGAUGGCAGUCCUGUCCGCUCGAAGCGCCGGGACUUGGAUGUGCCGCCCCAGAGAGACGUCAUCUUUAAUGACGAGCUGUGGGAACAGGAGUGGUACUUGCAAGACACCCGAACUAGACCGGAUCUUCCCAAGUUGGAUCUUCACGUCCUGCCUUUGUACGAGAUGGGCGUCACAGGGAGAGGCGUGCGCGUUUGUGUCUUGGAUGACGGACUGGAGUAUCUUCACGAAGAUCUAAGAGACAAUUACGACCCGGACAUCAGCUACGACGUGAACGACGACGACGCCGACCCGACGCCGCGCUACGACCGCGCCGGCACCAACUCGCACGGCACGCGCUGCGCCGGCGAGAUUGCCAUGGCUGCCAACAACGGCAAGUGCGGCGUGGGCGUGGCCUUCAACGCUCGCAUCGGCGGCGUGCGGCUGCUGGACGGCGUGGUGGACGACGGCGCCGAGGGGUCGGCACUGGGGUUCGCCCGCCACCUGGUGGACGUGUACAGCGCCAGCUGGGGACCCACGGACGACGGCAUGACCGUGGAGGGCCCCGGCCGCCUCGCCUCCGAGGCCAUCGCGCGCGGCGUCGCCGAGGGCCGCGGCGGCAAGGGAGCCAUCUUCGUGUGGGCGUCGGGCAACGGCGGCAGCCGCGGCGACAACUGCGACUGCGACGGCUACAUCUCGUCCGUGCACACGCUGGCCGUGGGCAGCGCCUCGCAGCAGGGCCAGUUCCCGUGGUACGGCGAGCGCUGCGCCGCCACGCUGGCCGCCACCUACUCCAGCGGCGCCUACUCCGACCAGAUGAUCGCCACUACGGACUUACGCAACUCUUGCACGAUACGCCAUACGGGGACUUCGGCUUCGGCGCCCCUAGCAGCUGGCAUCAUAGCUCUGGCGCUUGAGGUCAACCCCGAGCUGACGUGGCGAGACGUGCAGCACCUGGUGGUGUGGACCUCCGAGUACGCGCCGCUCAGCGACAACGACGGCUGGCAGCGCAACGCCGCCGGCUUCUGGGCCAGCACGCGCUUCGGCUACGGCCUCAUGAACGCGCUGGCGCUGGUCACCGCCGCCGCCAACUGGACCUCCGUGCCGCCCAAGCUUGAGUGCGAGGUCACCGCCCUGCCCCUGGCCAACAGCUCUCUGGCGCAUGGACGGCCGCUGACGGCUGUGUUCCCGACGGCGGGCUGCGAGGUCGCCCACCUGGAGCACGCGCAGGUGACGGUGGAGCUGGCCUACCCGGUGCGCGGCGUGCUGCAGAUCCACCUCACGUCCGCCGCAGGGACAAGAGUACAGCUACUGUCCACUAGAAAACUAGAUAAGUCUGACUACGGCUUUAAGAACUGGACGUUCAUGUCAGUUCUCACCUGGGGCGAAGAUCCUAGAGGCGUGUGGCAGUUGGAAAUUGUCGAUAAGGACGGGUUGCCGAGCUACAGGGGCAGCGCGGGCUGGCUGGCGCUGAGGCUACACGGCACGGCGGCGAGGCCGCGACAUCUGGCCGCGGGACCGCGCAAGUACGACCAGGACUACAACAGCGUGCACAGGAAGGCUCCACCGUUUACGUUCACGUACAAAACUCCUGAAGAAAACUAUGAAACCAAUGAAUUAUACCAGUCUUCGAUGGAAAAACAAAUCAUAAAGAACGGAUACAUGCGUGACCUACAGUGGCUCAAGAAAGAAUUAGAUUUUAAAAAGAAGUGACAACAGCAAAAACAAACAACUGAUUACUUACUGAAUAUCAAAGCAUCUGUAAAAAUAGUGAUAUGAAAGUCAAAAACGGUGUUCUUACUACCAAAAAAAAUACUACGCUUUCUUUGGACUACACCUAAAGAGACCAUGCAUAAAGUUUGAUAUGGCCAAAAAAAAAUGAUAUUAUUUUAUGUUUGUAAUUUGCUACAAUGUGAAGUAAACAUUAAUUAAAUUUUUAUUUUAAUUGGAUGAUUUCAUUUGGUGGACAAUGCUAACACUAAAACUGUAUUUUAAUACUAACGAAUAAUGUUAAUAUGUGUUAAAUGAAUGUACCUGAAAGAAAAUAAGCCAUAGCAAAAUAUAUUAUUUGUUUAUAUUCCA